UGAACCUAUUAAAAAAGUGAGGAAAGGUAGAACAAAGUGCAUCCUGAGGAGAGAUGAGCAUGGCAAGGACCUGCCACUGCAUCCCCAGCCCAGGGCUGAUCCAGAGAGCAAAGUCCUGGGGCAGGAGGCAGUGAGUCCAAAGGGAAGAAAAGGAAAGGGAAGAAGAGGGUAUUUGCCCUUCACAACUGAGCCCAACCUGAACAAAACGUCACAAAAGGGAGUGAAAAACUGCAGUGACUGCACCCUGUAAAGCCAACUGGGGGCAUACCCAGAGAAAAGGGGGAAAGCCUUAUCUGUCACUGCAAGGCAGAGCUUGGGGACAGAAUGCUGUUUAGGCAGAAGAGCAUGGGGCUGGGCAGGAGUUUUUUUUAUCCACACUGGGAUUGUAGCACCCACACUUGGAAGUGUGCCUUUGAAGCCCUAGACUGGAAUCUCUCAGCACUGGAAAUCCUUCACAUUUUGGAGAUGGGUGUCUGUGCCUGGGAUUAAUGGCGUGGCUCUGCUUCUAAUUGCAAUGUAAUCUAAUUGAAAAGUGAGCUUUUCUCCUCGCCCUUUCCUCCACUCCACAGGUUGGGUAUGAUGAGCACUCUAUCUUAGCAAUCACAGUUGCUCUUUCCAUCGGAAAAUACAUUUUCUGCAGAGACAUCAGGAGCGAGCAAGAGCUGACAGCAGAGUCAGGCUGCUGCUGCAUUAACCUGACUGGUGGGAAACACAUCUCACAGCCUGGGAUAGAUACAGACAGCCCAGCCCAUCCAGCAGAGCUCCCAGCACAGGGUGGGUAAGACUUUCCCCAGUGGAGUGACACCACUGUUCCUUUGAGAUGGGGUGACCAUGGGACAGCUGAUGGGAGGAGGUUUAAAACCCCCAGGGAAAGCACUGCUCUGCCCCAGCCCAAAGGAAAUGGGGAAGGCAUCACACUGGUCCCAUUCUCCUGAGAUGAGGAAGGAAGACAGGACCCCAGCUGGGCUCCUUCCUCUACCUCCUCCUGUGCCUCCUCCUCCUUCUCCUUGGCUCAGCAGUGCACCAGGACCCAACAAGUCAUCCAUGGAGAACGGUUCAGCCAGCUCAGGAGCCGUGCUGGGCAACCAAACCUUGGGCAGGAUGCCCCGACAGCCCCUGGAGCUCCAGGUGGUCACCAUCCUGCUGGUGCUGCUCGUCUGCGGGGUGGGCAUAGCAGGCAAUGCCAUGGUGGUGCUGGUGGUGCUGCGCACCAAGCACAUGGUGACCCCCACUAACUGCUACCUGGUGAGCCUGGCUGUGGCCGACCUGCUGGUACUGCUUGUGGCUGGGCUGCCCAACAUCUCUGAAGUGGUGUCUUCCUGGGUGUACGGCUACGUCGGCUGCCUCUGCAUCACCUACCUGCAGUACCUGGGCAUCAACAUCUCCGCCUGGUCCAUCACCGCCUUUACAGUGGAGCGCUACAUCGCAAUCUGCCAUGCCAUCAAGGCACAGCUCCUGUGCACCGUGGCCCGCGCCAAGCGCAUCAUCAUCUCGCUGUGGAUCUUCACCUCCCUCUAUUGCCUCAUGUGGUUCUUCUUAGUGGACACGUCCCAGGUCAUGUUUUCAGAUGGAGAACAGGUCAGCUGUGGCUACCGUGUCUCCAGAAGCCUUUACAUGCCCAUUUAUUUCUUGGAUUUUGCUGUCUUCUAUGUCAUACCGUUGGGACUUGCAGCCAUCCUCUACGGCCUCAUUGCCCGCAUUCUAUACAUGAGCCCGCUGCCCGCCGCCCCGCAGCAUGCCCUGGGCUCAGCACAUCGAGGUGGCUCCCUCCAGCAAUCCUGCCUGGGCAGCAGGGGGAUCCUGAGCUCCCGCAAGCAGGUAACCAAGAUGCUGGCUGUUGUGGUGGUCCUCUUUGCCCUUCUGUGGCUGCCGUACCGCACACUGGUGGUGGUGAACUCCUUUGUGGACCCCCCGUACCUCAACAUCUGGUUCCUCCUCUUCUGCCGGAUGUGCAUCUACCUGAACAGUGCCAUCAACCCCAUCAUCUACAGCCUGAUGUCGCAGAGAUUCAGAGCUGCCUUCAGGAAGCUCUGCAGGUGCAGAUGGAAGAGCACAGAGGUGCCCACACCACGCAGCAUCCCGGUGCUCUAUAGCAGAGCAAACGACGGCUCUCAGGGCAGCUUCGAGCAUGGCACUCACCUGGAUGACCUGAACUGUCCCCCUGCACCCGCGAGGAGAAGUGGGGCUGCCACACAGACACCAGGACCCUGACAUAAUGCAGGCAGCGGGAGCUGUACGACUGUGUGCAUCAUGCUGGGAAAGUGCCAACAGAAAUUGCUUGGGCAUUGCGGCAAGCUUAA